AUGUCUGAUGCAUCACCCUUAAAAAAUUGGGAUAUAAUUCAGGUUGAUAAGGAAGGUAAUCCUAUUGUGGUUUUACCACGAUCUACACGGUCCACCAGAAACGCUUUGGCAUUUCAGACUUACUAUAAAAUAGUAAAUACACAUGAUCGCUCAAUUACGUUUAUGGUUGGUGAUGUUGUAGUGUUUAAAUAUAAUACUGCAGUAAAUUCCACAUAUUUGAUUAAAGAAAUUCGUCAUGAUGGUACAAACAACACUGUAGAAAUUUUUGGCUUUGAUUUUUUAAGAUGGUAUGAGUUAGAUGGGAAAGAUUAUUUUAACAAAUACAAUCCAAAAAUACUAGAAGAGCACCCAAACGAGGACAACUCCUUUUAUCAGGAUCUUUUAUUACAGGAGGUAGAUACCAAAGAGUUAUUUUUAACAGCUGAAGUAACAACUUUGCAUCUAAGUGAUUUCAUUAGAGUUUUGAAUGUCGUGGAUUUGCAAACGUACUUAGAACUGAAGGAGAAAAACUCUAUAGAGGAUGUUUAUUUUGUACAUAGAUCAGCGAUACCCCAAGGUAAAUAUUUAAAAGAAAUUGAUUAUAACAAAGUUUUGGAAAUUAUUAAGACAGAAGAUACAAUUGCUUCACACAGAUAUAUGAUUGAUUUGACUACAGACCCAGAUGGUGCUAAAAAUAAGCGCCAAAACACAUCAGUUACUUCUAGAGAAGACAAACUGUACUCAAAUAAUACGCAACAUUUAAACGCUAAAAAAUUAAAAGAAAAAAAAAGACAAUCCCCUUUAUCAUCAUUAUCGUCUAGAGCAGCUACUGCCAGUGGAAGAAGCAGCAAAGGCCAGCAGGGCACUUUCAAAGUUAAUAACAAAGCCGCCUCACUCAAUGAAAGUUUUCUUGUUAAAAAUCAGAUUGAAGGCAUUGACAAUACUGAAGGGAGGAAUGGACUAUUAGUUGAUGCACGUGGUAAAGAGGAUGGGAAUAGUGGAGGUGUUAGUGGUACACCAAGACGGUCAUUAAGGAAGAAUAAAACAGCCAUUAAUUAUGAUGAAUCUGAUGACUUUGAAGAUGAGCUUGGUAACUAUGGGGUUAUUUCCGAAUCUGAGGAGGAAGAGGAAGAGGAGGAAGGGGAGGAGGAAGAUGACGAUAUUGACCUUGAUGACGACUUGGAUGAUGAAGACACCCGAACCAAUAACACCUCGAAUAAAAGGAGAAGAGUUAUAACAUUAGCUGACAUAAUAAAAAAAUAUACAAGAAGAAAUGUUGCGAGAACUAAGGGGUCAUACAAAUCAUUUUCAAAAAGAUUUAAAUCGGUUCAGGACAUUCCAGAUUUGACGGACUUGGCUGACUUUAAUGAUAAAAAAAUAAAAGCUGAAGUGUCUAUGCUUGAAAAAAAAUUGGUUAGUCCUACGAAAAAGCCCACACAUGAGACGAUUUUUUUUAAAGUUAAAUCUAGGCUAUAUUCUACAGAUUCUGCAAACAACAUUGAAACACAAGAGGCUAUAAAGAGUGCUGCUGCAAGUCAAAUUCGUACCCUGUUACCCGCUCGGGAUAAUGAGUUUGCGCAGUUAUAUUUAAGCAUUUAUAAUGCAAUAGAGACUGGUGUGGGAUCAUCGGUUUAUAUUUCUGGGACACCGGGGGUUGGGAAAACAUUGACUCUGCGUGAAGUAGUUAAGGAUUUAUUGAUUUCUAGUGAUCAAGGUGAAAUUCCAAGCUUUCAAUAUAUAGAGAUCAAUGGUUUGAAAUUAGUUCAUCCUAAUAAUAGUUACGAGGUUUUUUGGAACAAAAUUUCUGGUGAAAAGUUGACGCCCAGUGCUUCUUUAGAAUCGUUAGAGUAUUACUUUAAUAAAGUGCCGAAGAAUAAGAAACGAACAAUUGUGGUGUUAUUGGACGAAAUGGAUACUCUGGUGACUAAGAAAGACCAGGACAUUAUGUAUAAUUUUUUUAAUUGGCCAACAUAUCCCAAUUCAAAGCUUGUUGUGAUUGCAGUGGGUAAUACAAUGGAUUUACCAGAGAGGCUAUUGAGCAAUAAAAUAUCUUCAAGAUUGGGUUUGACAAGGAUACCAUUCCCGGGCUACACCCACCACGAAUUAAUGGCCAUUAUCCAAUCGAGGUUGAAGGGGUUAAAUGAGUGUUUUUUUUUCGUUAAUAAAAAAACUGGGCGUGCAACAUUAGCUACAGAUGAGAACCAAUCCAUUUCACCAGCUGCUGAUGAAUAUAAGAAGGUUAAGGUAGUAAUUGAAGACGAUGCCAUUGAAAUCAUUGCUAGAAAAAUAGCUAGCGUUAGUGGAGAUGCCAGAAGUGCUUUGAAGAUCUGUAAGAGAGGGAUUGAAAUUGCAGAAGCCGAUUAUUUAGAAAAGCAUGGUUAUGACAUUGAUACAGAAUUGAAUGUGACUGAGGGUACUAAACAGGUUAAUGAUGGGCAUCAAACUCUGGCCAACAAUGUUUUUGCAGAUGAAAAUGAUGAAAUUGAAAUACAAAAGGUUGAUAUUUCACAUGUUAUGAAAGCUAUUAAUGAAACAAAUAGUACUCCGUCCUCUCAAUUUUUGAGCCGAUUACCCUUUUCCGCAAAAUUAUUUUUACAUGCAUAUUUAUCUUUACUAAAGAAAAAUAAGAAAAGCGAUCAGAGUGCUGGCGACAUAAUUGAUGAGGUUAAACUAUUAAUUGAUGUUAAUGGUAAUAAUAAGUACAUAAAUGAUAUUAAAUCCUUUCUAUACUGUUAUCAGGCAGAUGGUACGUAUGAAAUGAGAAUGAUUGAUUGGGAUUAUAUAAUCAAUCAAUUAAUUGAUGCUGGUGUUAUAUCAAAGCAAAAUAUAGUAAACGAAAGAUCUGCUACCAUAAAACUAAAUAUUUCUCCUGAAGAAAUUAGCAACGUUUUCAAACAAGAUGAGGUAUUUAAAAAAUUAUAG